CACGUUUGGGACAUUUCCUUGCCAGGCAGUGAGACCAGAACCCAGACUCAAUGCUGCCUCUGCUGCUGGUGCUACUGUCCCUGCUGUGUGGGGGGUCCCUGCAGCAGGACCCAGGCUACAAGCUGCAGGUGCAGGAGUCGGUGACAGUGCAGGAGGGCCUGUGUGUCCUUGUGCCCUGCUCCUUCUCCUAUCCUGAGACCAGGACUUCCUGGACAAACCCUGGCCGGACAUUUAUCUUCUGGUUCCGAGAUGGGGACAAUACCGACUAUGGUGCUCCUGUGGCCACCAACAAGCCAUAUUGGCCAGUGAGGCCUGAGACAAAGGGUCGCUUCCACAUCCCCAGCGACCUCAGCACCAACAACUGUUCCCUGAGAAUCACAGACGCCAGGAGGGAAGACACAGGAACGUACUUCUUGCGAGUGGAGAAGGGAAGUGAUGUCAAAUACAACUACAUUCAGAAGAAGCUGUCUAUGGAGGUGACAGGUGUGGCUGUGUUCCUGGGAGAGGGCCUGGGAUGGACACCGUGUGUUAGGAUGGGGACAGAGUGGGCAGGUGGUGAGGGGAGAUGUUGGAUCAGGGGGUCCCCCUGGGACACACGCCCUGGGUCCAGCUUCCUGCCUCUGUCCUCAGCCCUGACAGAGAAGCCCCACAUCCAGCUUCCGGCUCCCCUGCAGUCUGGCCACACCACAGAGCUGCACUGCAGCCUGCCAGGGCACUGCCCGGAGGGGAGAUCUCUCCGCUUCUCCUGGAAGGGCAGUGCCCUUGACUCUCAGACUCCCUGGAGGGUCAAGUCCUCAUUGCUCCUCACACCAAGGCCCCAGGACCACAACACCAACCUCAACUGUUUGGUACAGUACCCAGGCGGUCAGGUGACCACGGAGAGAACCGUGCAGCUCAAUGUCUCCUAUCCUCCUCAGAACCUCAGCGUCAGCGUCUUCUUUCACGACAGCACAGUCCCAAGGGCACUGAGCAAUGGCACGUCCCUGCGCCUGGUCUGCAUGGCUGAUGGCAACCCCCCUGCCUCGAUGGGCUGGUUCAAGGGGCACGAAGCCCUGCCUUCCUCCCGUGCCUCGGCAUCCGGAGUCCUGGAGCUGCCCGAAGUGCGGGCUGAAGAUGGAGGAGAACUCACGUGCUGGGCUCGGCACCUGCUGGGCUCCCGGCAUUUCUCCUUGAACCUCUCUGUGCAGAGAGCUUCCUCUGGCUGCACAUGCCUGUCUGACAGAGAGGAGAGCUCCUGGCCCCUGGUGCUCACCCUGAUCAGAGGGUCCCUCAUGGCAGCCGGCUUUCUUCUCACCUAUGGCCUCACGUGGCUCUACUACACCAGGUGCGGAGGACCCCGCAUUCACCCCUCGACACCGAGAUGAGCACGGGGAUCCCAGAGCCACAGCCGCGGCCAUGUCACGCUGGCCUGUCCCUGGAGGCUGCUUUCUGCUUCUCUUUCCUGCCUGCCUCCUCCCCUUCCUUAAUCCACCAAGCCCUGCAGGUCCUGCC